ACAUGUCAUGAAUACGAGAACACAUGUACUUUACAAGUGGAGUCAUCUGGAUUCGAACACAAGACCUCUCGGCCACAGAAUGCCCUCAUAUGUUUCUUUUAAGCACAUGAGAUUCACACUUCGUACAAACUUUAAAUCCUUAUGAGUUGCUUUCGUUUGAUGGAGCGUAUUAGUACACGAUUGACCAUCUCCCCCAUUCAGGUCAUUUAUUAAAAAAAUUGUACUAUAUAUACAUACCAUUUGUAGCAACGUAACGUAAUCUCGUGUGUGACACAAGCAUGGCUAAAUUGUCAGGGGCAUGUUGGGCGUUUUCGGCGGUGGCAGCGAUGGAAGGAAUCACAAAGCUGAAAACGGGGAAGCUGAUCUCCCUGUCGGAGCAAGAGCUCAUAGACUGCGACGUGGAGGGCGAGGAUGGAGGUUGUGAAGGCGGGCUGAUGGACAACGCUUUUACCUUCAUUCGGGCCAAAGGCGGCCUGACGACGGAAGCCCAAUACCCUUACCAAGCCCAGGACGGCACAUGCAACAAGAAGCGGUCCUCGUCUCCUGCGGCCAAGAUAAAGGGCUACGAGGACGUCCCGGCGAACAGCGAGCGAGCUCUGAUGCAAGCCGUGGCUCAUCAGCCGGUGUCUGUGGCCAUAGAAGGCGGCGGGUUUAUGUUCCAGCUGUACGGGAGCGGGGUUUUCGAGGGAUCUUGCGGAACGGAGCUUGACCAUGCAGUCACUGCGGUUGGCUACGGGACAAAUAGUGACGGGAGUAAGUAUUGGAUUCUGAAGAACUCGUGGGGGAAGGGAUGGGGAGAGGAUGGGUAUAUGAGGAUCAAGAAAGAUGUUUCUGAGAGUGAAGGGUUGUGUGGUCUGGCCAUGGAAGCUUCUUAUCCUACAGCGUGAUAAUGAUACGUGUAUAUAUAAAGAGAUAAUGGAGUGGUAAAUGGUACUCGGUCGGUCGUGUGACAUAAAUAAUUGAUGAACCUAUAAAUUAAAUGUAGGUACUUGUUUAAUUUUUAGUAUGCAUGUAUUAUGUAUAGUAUAUUUGUCAAUAACUAGAUGUAAAGUCAAAUUCAGAUCUGAAAAUGGUGUAAGUUGAAAGUGAUGUAUGUAUUUGCUCAUGGUAUAAAGGAUUGCUGGAUGGCUAGUGAUUAUUAAUCCUCGUUAUUAUAAGAAUCGGACCGGUUCGACAAGUAAACCGGUGGAAUUGUGUAACAAAUUAUAAUAAAAUGCUGUCUAUUUU